UAUACUCUAGUCCAGCACCUUCCAAUAAGCAGUCGUCAGACAUACCCGCACUUUCGUGAAGUCACUCUCUCCGUGCCUUCAUCAUGACACGUAGAACAGAUCGUCUCGUGUUGAUCCUCAUCGUAGGCAUUCUCUACAUAUCCUUUGCCAACGGCCAAGCAAGGGAUCCAGCAGCCGUCAAGUCAGACACCACGUCCAAUGGAGUUGUUGGUGAAGUACUUCUCUGGGUAAAUCCUAUCACCAAACUCUUGCUAGAGUACGUCAAUGCCAUGCUGAUCCGAAAUAGGGGUGUCAAAUUGCCCUGCACCCUCUACAAUCCUACCAAAUGGGACUGGGAAUGCACUCCAGUACAAAAGUAAAAUCCCCCGAUAUUCCAAAAUAUACCGACGAUUCAUAAGAUAAGACUUAUUUUUUUAUAAUACAAAACGCAUCAAUGACUUAGAUUUACAUAAUUUAAUUAUCUGUUAUCUUAAUUAUUCAUGUAUUAAAUAAAUAUGCAAUAUGGUACCCUCAA